CAGAAGAGCGGCAGGGAGCUGCCAGCAUCGUCUCAUACCGUCGCAGGACAGAAAGGUGUGAAAAUAUCCGUCCUCUAGACAGAUAAGGAGCAAAACACGGAGACGGCGUUGUUUUGAUAAUGCUGUCACACUCUGAAAAUCUCCGUGUCAGCGGGGAUAUGGAGACGCCGGGGAGGAUAGUAGCAACACCGGACGCCCUGGACUUCACGGUGGAAAACGUAGAAAAGGCCCUCCACCAGUUGUACUAUGAUCCAAACAUAGAAAACAAGAAUCUGGCCCAAAAAUGGCUAAUGCAGGCUCAGGUCUCGCCUCAAGCCUGGCAGUUCUGCUGGGCCCUACUGAGCCCAGAUAAGGUGCCAGAGAUCCAGUACUUUGGUGCUAGCGCGCUUCACACUAAGAUCUCUCGAUACUGGUCAGACAUCCCCACAGACCAGUAUGAGUCUCUGAAGACCCAGCUGUUCUCCCAGAUUGCCUGCUUCUCCUCCGGCUCCAAGAUGGUGCUCACCCGGCUAUGUGUGGCCCUGGCCUCUCUGGCACUCAACACAAUGCCCGAGGCCUGGCCCGGCGCAGUGGCAGAGAUGGUGCGGGUGUUUCAGGAGGAGGGGGGAGGGGUGGAUGGGCGGGCACGCUGCCUGGCACUGCUGGAGCUGCUCACCGUCCUGCCUGAGGAGUUCCAGACCAGCCGUCUGCCGCAGUACAGAAAGGGACAGGUUCGGGGAGCCCUCGGCCGGGAGUGGGGGUCAGUGUGUCCCUUACUGCAGCAACUGCUGCGAAGGACGGACAGCCCCGGGGCGGUGAAAGCUCGCGUGCUCCGCUGCCUGUCAUCCUGGGUGCUGCUGGAUGUGCCUCUUAACGAGAGUGAAGGCCUGGUGCAUGACUGCUUCAGUGCCCUCCCUGACCCAGAGCUCUUCGACACGGCGGUGGAGGCAAUAGUCAACGCCAUCUCACAGCCCGACUCCCAAAGAUAUGUGAACACUCUGCUGAAGCUGGUGCCUCAAGUGCUGGCCCUCCAGGAGCAGCUCAGAGAGGCUGUUCAGAAUGGAGACAUGGAGACCUGCCAUGGCAUCUGCCGUAUCGCUGUUACACUGGGAGAAAACCACUCAAGGACUCUGUUGGAGCAGGUGGAUCACUGGCAGAGCUUCCUGGCUUUAGUCAACAUGAUCAUGUUUUGUACAGGCAUCCCUGGUCACUACCCAGUCAAUGAGACCACCAGCUCACUCACACUCACCUUCUGGUACACACUACAAGAUGAAAUAAUGUCGUUUGAGUCGGAAAAGCAGGCCGUGUAUCUGCAGGUCUACAGGCCAGUAUAUUUCCAGCUGGUGGAUGUUCUGCUCCACAAAGCCCAGUUCCCCUCAGACCAGGAGUACGAAUCCUGGUCCUCAGAUGAGAAAGAGCAGUUCAGAAUCUACAGGGUGGAUAUCUCAGACACACUCAUGUACGUGUACGAGAUGCUGGGAGCAGAGCUGCUGAGUAACCUGUAUGAUAAACUAGGAAGACUGUUGACUAAUGCAGAGCAGCCCACAUCAUGGCAGCACACAGAAGCCUUACUGUAUGGCUUCCAGUCCAUAGCAGAGACGAUAGAUGUCAAUUACUCUGAUGUCAUCCCCGGCCUGAUAGGACUCAUCCCCAGAAUCAGCAUCAACAACGUACAACUAGCAGACACAGUGAUGUUCACUAUAGGUGCUCUGGCUGAGUGGCUGGCAGACCACCCAGUGAUGCUCAGCAGCGUCUUGCCCUUGGUGCUACAGGCUUUGGGGAACCCUGAUCUUUCUGUUUCUUCUGUCUCUACACUCAAGAAAAUUUGUAGGGAGUGCAAAUAUGACUUGCCACCCUAUGCAACCAACAUUGUAGCUGUCUCUCAGGAGGUGCUUAUAAAGCAGAUCCACAAGACGAGCCAGUGUAUGUGGCUGAUGCAGGCUCUCGGCUUCCUGCUCUCCGCUCUCCCUGUGGAAGACAUCUUAAGAAACCUUCACUCUCUCAUCACCCCCUACAUUCAGCAGCUGGAGAAGCUAGCGGAUGAGACGCCUAAUCCCUCUAAUAAACUGGCAAUCAUCCACAUCUUGGGGCUGCUGUCCAACCUCUUCACGACACUCGACAUCAGCAAGCAGGACGAUGAGUCAGCAGACAGCUCAGCACCACCUGUCAAAACAGCCCCGCCUCCACCUGGACCCAACCCAGUGGUGGUGGUUUUGCAACAAGUGUUUGCUCUCAUCCAGACGGUCCUCAGUAAGUGGCUCAAUGACUCGCAGGUUGUAGAGGCCGUGUGUGCUAUCUUUGAGAAGUCUGUGAAGACUCUGCUCCAUGACUUUGCUCCCAUGGUGUCCCAGCUCAGCGAGAUGCUCGGACAGAUGUACAGUACGAUUCCCCAGGCGUCGGCCCUCGACCUCACACGACAGAUGGUGCAUAUCUUUGCCAGUGAGACGGACCACUUCCCACCCAUCAAGGCUCUGUUUGAGCUGGUUACCUCGGUAACGCUGUCUAUCUUCCAGCAAGGACCCAGGGAUCAUCCUGAUAUUGUUGAUUCAUUUAUGCAACUCCAAGCUCAGGCCCUCAAACGGAAGCCCGAUUUGUUCUUGUCUGAGAGUCUUGACGUGAAAGCAGUGUUUCACUGUGGAGUUCUGUCACUCAAAUUUCCUGAGGCUCCGACUGUCAAGUCAACGUGCUUGUUCUUUACUGAACUGUUACCCCACUGCUCAGAUGUGCCUCCGCUGGCCAGAGUGAUGCAGGAGGACGGAAAACUGUUGAUCCAGGCCGUGCUGGAGGGCAUCGGGGGCGGGGCAUCUCGGAGCCUGAUGGACCAGUUUGCAGAAGUGCUUUUCUCUUUAAACAAGAACUGCUUUUCUCUGCUGGCCGUGUGGCUGAAGGAGGCGCUGCAGCCUCCUGGGUUCCCGUCGUCGCGGGUUACCAUUGAACAGAAAGACACCUUCUCGCAGCAGAUACUCAGAGAACGAGUGAACAAGAGGAGGGUGAAGGACAUAGUGAAGGAGUUCACACUACUGUGCAGAGGGCUCCAUGGUACAGAGUACGCCGCUGAAUACUGAAACUCUACCCCUGAACUCUCAAUGCCCAACCGUGACCUCUGCCCUCUGCGCCAAACAGCUGGAUGCCACAAAAUCACAGUUCUCACAAAACCCCCCCAUCAGCGAAGAUAUCAUGAAAUGAUUGUAAUGAUAAACCCCCCCCCCCCGCCCCCCCCUCCCCCGCCGCAGGACAAGACAUGGAACCAUUCCAGCACAGACCUGCCAUCGGAUUAAUGGACAAACAUUAAAUCCCCGGUGGCUUUAGAGAGGCUGUCCUCUCGGCUCCAAUAUUUUUUUUCAGUUAUAAGAUCGAUUGUCUCUCUCUCUCUCUCUCUCUCUCUCCCUCUCUCUCUCUCUCUCUCUCUUCUCUCUCUCCUUUCAUUUCUUUGGAAAUGCUUCAAGCAGCACUCCCAGCAUGCUGUCUCUCGCCUCCUUCUAUCUCCGUCUUGUUCUGCCUUUCUAGAUCUUCCUGUGGUUCCUAGGUUGUUUCCUGGUGAUUAGCAUCCAUAUGAAAUGGUAGUGGUAUCGUACGUAGCUACUUGACAUUAUUUUUCAAAAUAAAUCAAAUUAAUUAUAUAAAUGUAUAUGUAUACACAUAUAGAAAGGUGGUGGUUGCCAGUCCUGCUGCUGCUAAUGGGAAGAGAGAAGGACCAAUGUCAGGAGGGGACUCUGCAGGAAAAAAGACGUCAAUACAAUAUCAUGUACUCCCAACCAUGCCCCUGUGAUCUCUCUGCAUUUGCCAAAUUUUCAUGAAAUGAAAUGUUUUGUGAAUUUGUCCCCUUUUUUUUGUUAUAAAUGCCUUUUUGGGGGGUUAUGAGUGGAGAAAAACCACACAAACUGGACUUAAAACAGUCUGAUUUCUUGCCCGGCCGUCUGUGUGCAGCAGGGCUGUACCUCAUGUACAUACAGUCCCACCCAGUCAUACUGCAGUCUCCUCAGAUUAUAGGGUGUGGUUUCUAAUGCAUUGGUCCCUUAGGUGAAGCAGGACUGCCGAGAGUGAAGGCUAGAGGGGAAAUUAUAGUAGCUGGCAGCGAGAACGAGGCACAAGAUGGAAACUGAGAAGGGAAGAGAGUGUUCGGAAGGGUGAAUAAUCCCCACAAAGGACUGCUUAGUCACUGUAAUCGUGCAAAAAUAUUAAUCAAGUUGUGCAUAUUAACAGUUAUUGCCGAACACUUGUAUUUGAGUGUAUGCGUGUGUUCAUACCUGUGUGUAUGAGAGGCUGUGUGUGCACAGAUGUAUCUUUUUUUCCACUUGUUCAGUGCACUUAUAUUGGACCUACAGUACACAUACCAUCCCUUCCUCCUAUCUUUUACAAACAAAGAGCUCAGUCAUUUCUUCACAACCACACUCAUUCAGACGACUCUUUUCUUAACCACUAACCAGGCACGUUCAGUAUUUCACCGGCAAUCACCCCCGCCCCCCCGUCUAUAUAACCUCCUUAUCAUCUGGAAUGACCAGCCAGUGAUAACCAUUGACCAGACUCAUCUAUCUAUUAAUCCAUGAUUGACACCGCUUGUGAACAAGCCACUCAAAUUCAUCCAUUCAUCUGGGUCACUGCCUUGGAGAGGACCGAGAAGGAUUAGAGAGUUCGGUAACAAAACAUCUCUGAGAAAGUUAAUUCAGCAUUUUGCAACACUGACAUCCCGAGCUCAUCCAUUACGCCACAGACAUUAUUAGCGAAGUGAUGUGACGGCUGUAAAAUAACCCUGUCUGGUGAAUCAGCAGGACCGGUUGACAUCUAAUUACACUCGAAAUGUACUUUGUGGUCUCUGAUAAACUUUAUCUCAGUCUAAUCCUUCUGUCUUAUCCGAGGUGCCUGCAGACAUGUAGCAUGUAUGUGUUUCGUGGGGGGUUUCAGGGUUCAGGGGACUAAUAUUCAGUGUGUGAGACACUGCAGAGUGAGUUGGAGUGAGACUCCCGAGGCAGUGAGCUGUCAGGCCUCGGAGUCUGAUUCGAACUGGGAAUUAUGGGGUGAUCCUCAGUCUGUAUUGUGGUUUCAUUGUGAAGUGGGAGAAUAAAACUGUCACAUUUGAAGGAAAAAGUAGUAGGUGGAGGAGGGGAGGGGGGUAUGAAAUGUACAUUGUUUUUUUUUGUACCUUGGCUUUAAUUUAUUAAAUAUAUCUAAGACUGCA